AUGUCUUGGCUGACAAAGUUUAAAAGUGAAUCUUCUUCAUCACAAGAUGGUAAUGAUAAUGUUGAAGUAUAUGAUCUAUCAAAUAAUAUUAAUGAACUAGAAAGGGGGAAACAGAACAUCAAAGAAGAAGUUAAAGAUGGUAGUGAAUCAGAUUCCUCUUCUGUUUUUGGUGAAGAUCGUAAUCGUUUAAAAACUUCACUUCAUCAACGUCAUAUUCAAAUGUUGGCUUUAGUUGGUGUUUUCGGUACAGGUAUUUUCCUUUCAUCUGGUGGUGUCUUAGCUACUACAGGACCAGCUGGUAUGCUUAUUGCUUUUGGAUUAGUUGCCACUAUCGUGGGGUUGAAUCAAGUUGCUCUUGCUGAAGUUGCAACUUUAAUGCCUGUUUCUUCAGCUACUGUUCGUCAUUUAGAACAAUUUAUUGACCCUGCUUGGGGGUUUGCAUAUGGUUGGAUAUCUGUUUGGGGUGCUAUUAUGCCUGGUGAAAUUAGUGCUGCUGCUGUUAUUGUUUCAUAUUGGACUGAUAUUUCUCAAGCUGCAUGGAUUUCAAUAAUUAUUGUUAUAAUUAUUGCAACAAAUUCUUAUAAUGUUAGAUUUUAUGGUGAAGUUGAAUUCGUAUUUGCUAUGAUUAAGAUUUUAUUAAUAAUUGGGUUAAUCAUUGUUUCAAUUGUUAUAACUUCUGGUGGUGGCCCAAAUCAUGAAACUAUUGGAUUUAGAUUCUGGAGAGAUCCAGGCCCUUUCAAAGAAUAUAUCACUGUGGGUAAUUUAGGUAAAUUUGCAGGUUUUUGGAAAACUUUAUCAGUGUUGUGUUUAACUUUGAUUGUUUCAUCAAAUGAUAAACAAAUUGCAAGUUCAAGUGGUAAUGCUCAACAUUCACCUUUUGUCGUUGCCAUCAAAAAUGCAAACAUUAAAGUUCUUCCACAUAUUAUCAAUGCCGCAGUAUUAACUUCAGCAUUUAGUGCUGCUAAUUUAUCAAUUGUUCAAGGUUCAAGAACUUUAUUCGCUUUGGCAGUUAAACAUCAAGCUCCAAGAAUCUUCCUCAAAACAAACAAGAGAGGUUUACCAUGGGUUGGAUCUAUAUUCGUUGCAAUUUUUAUGCCAUUAGCUUAUAUGAAUGUUUCUAAAGGUGCCGCUAAUGUUUUCAGUUGGUUUCAAUCUCUAACAUCAGCUAAUUUAUUAGUUGGUUGGAUCUUCAUAUCAGCUAAUCAUAUCCAUUUAUCAAGAGCCAUGAAAGCCCAGGGGAUUUCAAGAGAUAGAUUACCACAUAAAUUUAGAUUUGGUCCUCAUGCUGCAUGGGUUUCAGGUAUUGCAUCAUUGAUUUUAUUAUUAACUGGUGGUUUUACAAAUUUUGUUAAAGGAAGAUUUGCAAUUGCAAAUUUUUUCUCGUCAUAUUUUAUCAUUCCAUUAUCUUGGGGUCUUUAUUUCUUUUGGAAGUUUUUCAAAAAAACCAGAUAUUAUAGACCUCAUGAAGUUGAAUUAGAUGCUUUAUUCCAAGAUGUUGAAGAAAAUCCUGAAGAACCUGCUCCAAAAGUUAAAGGUUGGAGAAUCUUAACAUUAUUAUGGUCAUGA